AUGCAAAGAAUUAACGGUGAUUACGAUUACAUGGACAAUACAUUUGUCUUUGGUGCUCCAAUGCAGAACACCAACCCACUAGAUGGUUCCUUUAACCCUACUUGGGAUACAACUGGAACAACUAUUGAUAACCACACCAACAUAUUGACAGGUAGAGGAGUCGGAAUAUGGGGAAAUCAAGAUACUCAUAACGCACCAAUACCAGGUUCCAGUAGUGGGACACAUAGACAACCAAGACCGUAUUUAGGAACCAAAUUUGACCCUUUAUAUCACAAAAAGAAAAAGCAAGCACGAAAUCAUCCGUAUCAGCAUGCAGAUAAUCAGCCAAAUAAUCAACAUCAUGUGAAUCAUUAUCAUAGUCAACCUAAGUUUCACCAACCAACUUUUCAUCAACCAAACUUUCACCAACCAAACAAUUUCCACUCUGAUCCAAACAGAGGAUCUGGUAAUAAUAGAAGAGGUUGUGGAAGAGGAGGUUUUAUUCCAGGAAAUGGAGGUGGUCCAGCCAUCGGACAAGGCGGUUUCAAUAGGUUAGCAAUUGAACCGACUGCCAGUCCCAAAAUAAGUACUCCUGGUAGUCAAAAUAAUCAGUAA